CCGCGGCCGUACGCGCCUCUCCUUCCUCUUUCUUCCCCCGAAGUGACGUCAGCCCGCCGGCGUAGCCGCGUGACGCUAUAUCCCGGGCGAGGCGGGCGGGGCCGGUUUGAACGGCGAGCGACUGAGAAAAUGGCCGUUAAUGUGUAUUCCACUUCGGUGACAAGCGAUAACUUGAGUCGACAUGACAUGCUCGCCUGGAUCAAUGAGUCCUUACAAUUGAACUUGACAAAGAUAGAGCAGCUUUGCUCAGGUGCUGCUUAUUGCCAGUUUAUGGAUAUGCUGUUCCCUGGUUCUGUAACACUGAAGAAAGUAAAAUUCCAGGCAAAGUUGGAACACGAAUACAUCCAAAACUACAAGGUCCUACAAGCAGGUUUUAAACGAAUGGGUGUUGACAAAAUAAUUCCGGUGGACAAAUUAGUGAAAGGAAAAUUCCAGGAUAAUUUUGAAUUUGUUCAGUGGUUCAAAAAAUUCUUUGAUGCAAACUACGAUGGGAAAGACUAUGACCCUGUGGCAGCUCGGCAAGGCCAGGAGACAGCCCCAGCCCCUGCUCUUGUCGUACCCCUGCUCAACAAACCCAAAAAGAAUCUUAGCUCUACUGGCACAGCUCCAGCGAGGCCCAUGGUUGCACAGAGAACAACAGUGGCUAAUAAAACUGGACCUGCGAUGGUUAAAAAGGCUCCUGGAGGAAUUGGGGAAGAAGAGUCGGCUGAACUGAUCCAGCAGAUCAAUGUAUUAAAGAUGACUGUGGAAGAUUUGGAGAAGGAAAGAGACUUCUACUUUGGAAAACUGAGGAACAUUGAGCUGAUCUGUCAGGAGAAUGAAGGAGAGAGUGACCCUGUUCUUCAAAGGAUUGUGGAGAUUCUUUAUGCCACGGAUGAAGGUUUUGUCAUACCAGAUGAAGGAGCGCCACCAGAGGAGCAAGAGGAGUAUUAGUGGUCCACCGACUGUACCAGCAGAGCAGCAAUAGCAGAAUUCAGAAAUCAGCUUUCCCCAAUCAUGUGCUUAAAAUACUCCAUUUUAUUCUUUUCAUAAGUAAAAAGUACCUCUUGAAGUGCACUUUGCGUAAGUUUUAAUACUUCCCCCCCCUCCAAUGGGUUUAAUUUGAGAGCUCUUUUCUCACUUUUGUAGCAGAGCAGUAUUAACAUCUAGUUGGUGUAAUUUGGAAGCAAGGGGUUGAAUAUUUGGAGUUUGCAGAGUUGCUUGGUUGCUGGUAAGGCACUGAUUUGUGGAGAGUUUGCUGUACUGUUUUUCUUUUCUUUUUGUGGGCUGUGGGGAGUAUGUAGUGGAGCAAUUUCAGGAUUGACUUUUUCGCAGGAAGGUUGAGCAAAUAUGAGAUGUGUUCUGCAAUUAAAGAGAUGCCUUAAGGGGGCUUAAAAUGUGCUUCCAGAUGCCAAAUUGAAGUAAUGUGAUGAGAGAUUUUGUGUGUUCUAUAUUGGGGUUUGAGCAUCUGGCUUUCUUGUUUUGGAAGGACUUGCUUGGCGCCUCAAGUCAGUAAGGGCUCUGUAAGGGGUAAUUAGAACAGCCCAAUAUCUAUUCAGAGCUACCCUCCUGAUCACUGACUGUCGUAAGGGGGAAAGACUUUACUGUAUGUAGCCUGUUGCGAGACUAGAAUGCGUAAGAUACGGAUGUGCUUGAAGGCCUCUCGGUUUUGCUGUACUGUGGCCAAUGGCAUGUGGUGUCUUCCAAACCAAAAAGGCUAUCCCUUUUAAAACUCUUCACCUAAUUCGCAGCCUGCAUCCAGCCCCCUCCCUCACCCACCAGCUGCUUUUGUGUCUCUGGUCCAUUGAAUUUUGUGGGUCCUAUUCCUCUCUGCGCCCCCUUCCUCCUCCUCUUCCAAGCCUGCUGACUAAACUGUAUUGAUUUGGGUAGUUUUGUUUUGCAGUGCUGCACUGAGGCCAGUCUUGAUCUCCAGACUGUCUCUCUGUUUGUGUGUGUCCUCCUUGAGUUAGCCUCCCAAUGUUUAAGCCUUUGCCAGUGCUCCUGGCAAAGAACACUGAUUGGUGUGCAUUAAAUAGGAAAUCCAAUAUUGCAGAAAAUACAGCGCUCAGAUGAGUCUCGAUUACAGUAUUUCAUGCUUGACCCUGUCCCUCUUACGUGGAGCAAAUCCCGCCCCCCUACCCCCCCCCUGUCGAUUGCUGCUCUUUGGGGAGGGCCCUCUUGAGAUCUUGCCCCCAGCCACAGCUAAGACUGAGCCUCUGGGCUUGGUGUGCUCUUGUUCAUUUGCUUCCAGUGGUUAUGUGUUCUAAAUGUGUGUAGAAAGCAAAGCAUUUUAUGGUAACUGUUGUGUAGUGCAUGAAUCCCUAUGGGAAUUCAGAGGAAGACCCAAAUUCAUCAAAUGCCAAAAAAAGCAAGCCAUUAUUUAAAACAUCAGAGGUGCUAUUUCUCUUGUGGCCUUCUAGAUACUUUGUGCCCUAAACCAUAUUCCACCCAGACUCCUCUUGACAGGGUUUUUUUCUACUUUUAAACAGUUUCUAAAUAAAGUUCUGUUAUUUCAAGAAUG